UAAGGAUGCCUGGGUCACAGGAGGAAAAGGAGGGGCUGGACCCAGGGCCCGGAGAGGAGAAAAGGAGAAGACCACGGCCGGAGAUAAAAGCCCGGCGGAGGGAGCCGGCCAGAGGUCGGUAGGACGGGAGACCCCGGCCGGGCCCGGCCCAAGCAAAGUCUCCCUGGGAGCCUGGGACGAACCGCGCGGCGUAGAGCGUGGGAGCCGCCUGGAGCGCAGCAUGCACGCGUCCCCAGCCGCUGGGGGGCCGGUGUGCACCGCCGCCUGGGUCAUGUGGCCGGGACAGGUCGCACGCCGCCCCUGCGGGAGAACUCGGGGGGCCCGGGGCAGUGUGGAGCCCCGGACGGCCGCAAAGUUCCCUUCCUGCGCGAAGUGCUGGCUCCAGAGCGCGGGAGCCGCCCACUGCCCCCCCGCGCUGGCCCCGCUUAGGGGCGCCCGCCCUCUAUAUAGCGCACCCCUGCGGGGCCCGUGCCAGGCCGCUAGCCGCCCUGAGGUCCCCGCAGAGCGCGCCGCCCCAGGGAGCCAGCCCCCCGCCCGCAGCAGCGCCGCCGCCGCCGCCGCCCCGACGGGCGCCCCCCGCCGCCGCUCGGCCCCCACCGCCGCCAUGAAGAAGGAGGUGUGCUCCGUGGCCUUCGUCAAGGCCGUGUUCACCGAGUUCCUGGCCACCCUCAUCUUCGUCUUCUUCGGCCUCGGCUCAGCCCUCCAGUGGCCGUCGGCGCUGCCCACUGUCCUUCAGAUCUCGCUGGCCUUUGGUCUGGCCAUAGGCACCCUGGCCCAGGCCCUGGGGCCCGUGAGCGGCGGCCACAUCAACCCUGCCAUCACACUGGCGCUCUUAGUGGGCAACCAGAUCUCCCUGCUCCGGGCUGUCUUCUACGUGGUGGCCCAGCUGGUGGGCGCCAUUGCUGGGGCAGGCAUCCUCUAUGGGCUGGCACCGAUCAGUGCCCGGGGCAACCUGGCGGUGAACUCGCUCAGCAACAACACGACGCCAGGCCAGGCUGUAGUGGUGGAGAUGAUUCUGACCUUCCAGCUGGCGCUCUGCAUCUUCUCCUCUACCGACGCCCGCCGCACCAGCCCCGUGGGCUCCCCGGCCCUGUCCAUUGGCCUGUCCGUCACUCUGGGCCACCUUGUGGGGAUCUACUUCACUGGCUGCUCCAUGAACCCCGCCCGCUCCUUCGGCCCCGCAGUGGUCAUGAAGCGGUUCAGCUCUGCGCACUGGGUAUUCUGGGUGGGGCCCAUUGUGGGGGCUGCCGUGGCUGCCAUCCUCUACUUCUACCUGCUCUUCCCCAACUGCCUGAGUCUGAGUGAGCGUGUGGCCGUCGUCAAGGGCACGUACGAGCCCGAGGAGGACUGGGAGGAGCGGAAGAAGACCAUAGAGCUGACUGCCCACUGACCAGCGUCAGACGGGGACCAGUCCCUCAGCCCCUGAAUGACAGGGGAAUAAAAAGCAUGAUGGCAAAGCUUCCUUUCCCCACAGCUGGGUCCUCUGGGCUAGGGAGGAGGUACUGGCUCCCCAGGCUGCAGUUAGAAAUGGGAACAGGAGCUUGUGAUGGGACUUUGGGGCAGGGGCCAGGGGCUGGGGCCUGACGGGAAGGGGGUCUCUCUGGGACAGGGCAGGCUUCUGCCAUGAGGUCAGACCUCAGCAAUUUUGAACUCAGCACCAAGUUCACAGGCUGCCCCAUGGGCAGGCCAGAAAGGGGUGGUCUGCAUUCUUCAACCCCCGCUGUCCCCAGCCCCUCCUCAAGAGCUAGAGGGAUCCUAGCCCCUAGGAUGGCAGAGGCUGACCCUCCCCAGAGCUCCUUAGGAGGGAGACAGACUGGUUCAUUAAGUGCUGCCUUAUUUAUUUCUGCUUAAACACGCAUGGGCUAGGGCUGCUGGUGUUUGCAAUGGGGGCUUCCCAAUAAACCACUGAUGUUCA